AGAGACUCCAAUCUGUCAUUUUCUGUCUUGUGUGUCCUGGUUACCUUCACAUCACCAAGGGUUUAAUUACUGCUGAGCAAACCACAGAGAUGCCUCAUGGGGGAGACAAGACAGAGAGACAGGGACAAGUAAAAUCAGGUGAGACGGCGUGAAAACAGGAGGCUGCCGCAGCUGAGCCAAGCUCAGGCAAGUAACUGCAGGAUACUGAGAUCGAGAAUUGAAUGGUUUGUGUGCACAAUGGAGAAAGAGGCUCUGCCAGGAUGAGAUCUGUACCGACACGAGUAUGAAUGGUGAGAGGGGAAGUACCUGGGUCGGAGGUGGGCUUCAAAGUAUGCUCUGAUCAAAGGGGUUGUGUGCGGCGGAUUUGACCAUCAUCUGUUAAAGUUGCAUUUUAUCAUCACUGAGAUCCCAACUCCAUCCCAUCAUCCUCCCUCCCACCAUGACAGGGGAUGUUGUCCCAGCUCCCCAUCAGGGGGACCCAGCUGCUGCAGGGACUGGCCCAGGGGAGCCCAUGGAUGUAGAAUGUCCCAUCUGUUACCAGGAGUACAACCAGCACAGCAAGAGCCCUCGGAUGCUGGAGUGCCUCCAUGUCUUUUGUACCGAGUGCCUCCAGAAGAUCCAGCCCUGCGAGCCCCCUGACUCCCACAGCCCUCCAGCCAUCCCCUGCCCCCUCUGCCGCCACCUCACCCCUCUGGAGGCUGGUGAUGCCCUCUCCUUACCCUGCAACUCCCGCAUCAUGGCCAGGCUGCCCCCGGUGGCCUUCCGCCUGCCUGUGAACAUGGCGACUCGCCUGGCCACGGUCACCCAGAGAGUGGUGCUCUCACUGGAAGGCGACAGCAGGGACACCCGCUUCAUUAUCCUGCCCACCGUCAGCCUGCGGGUGCAGCAGAUGCAGCCGGAUAGGCUGUACGGCAUGGCGCCGGGCCUGGUGGGGGAAGAGGAAGUCAUGCAGCAGAGCAAGAAGACACUGUUCUGUGUGCAGCUGCUGGCUGUCAUCUUCUGGGUGUUGUUUGUGGUCACCUGCGUGGUCGGGGUGGUGUUUGGGCCACAUUUCUUCAAUAGGAAACUUUAGUAGGAGAAUCGAUUUCCUUGUUGUACAUCAGAUAUGGUGAUUGGUAUAAAGUCAUGAUAUAUUCUACAUUAAUGCAUUGUGAUAAGUAGGUUGACACAUGAUGUUUUAAGAAAAUAAAGCAGGAAAAUUUGUUUUCCAGUUAUAUUUUUAUGAAGAUAUUUUUGAUCACUGUGGUUCCUGUUCUGUAGUUAUGGGACCAAGUCGAAUUCUCCUUUUAUUUAUAGAAUACCAGCACUUAUACAAAUUUUAAUUCACUGUACUGCAUAUUUGUUGCUCUUUCAUCAGUGAUAGGCUGAUGAAGAGUUCCCCCUAGUGGCUGACUUGGACAUGGAAGAACUAAUAUUGCAACUAUGAAUAAAAGAAUUGAAAAUUGAAUGGGCUUUCUUCUCCAAAGUUUUGUCAGCAUUGUCAGUUUAAACACCUGGCAGAGUAGUUAACAUAUAACAAAAAGUUAAAUAUCAUUCAAAUUUUCAAAAUGCUACUUUUUUCAUUUGUGUGUACAUAUAAUAUAUUUUACUACUUUGAUUCCUUUAUUUGAUGCCCCACUUUUUCCUUUUGCACAUUCCUCUGGUCCUACUUAUGCAUACAUGAAUACACACGAACAUCUUUUUUACACAAAUUUACUUUCAUACAGACACACAUACAAAUAUUUAAUGUCUAUGCAUAGUUCUCUUACACCUUUUUCAAAAACUAUAAAUUUUCACCGAUUUCAAAUCAUAAAAUCCAUUUGUCAUGUCUUAAAUGUGUCGUGUUAUUGUUUGUUUAUUUUAUUACCCCUGUAUAGCUAUCUGUUUAAUUCAAUGUCCCUUUGUACUCAUAAAAAGGAAAAAAGAAACAGCUCGAUAGACUAACCUAGUACUUUAUUUUACCUCUAAAAAGCAGGGAGUGAAGAAUUUUAUCAGUAAUACUUUUCUUAUUAUGACUUCAUUUUACCACUCCAGUAUCAACCAUUACAUAAAACCAAAGAUGAAAACAACAUAGAGCCAAUGAAAAGCUGUUAAAAAAGAGGGUUAACGGACGCGCUUGAACAAAACCAUAAAAGCUAUUGACGAUUCAUGUAUAACAUAUCACAAUACAUUUUUUCAGUACUUUAUCUUGUAAAGAUGUUCAGGUGGAGGGCGCUUGGGAGAGUACGUACGUAAAAAAAGGGGGGGGGGGUAUACGUGUCUACGUCACACGCCGCGUUGGCUCACAAAAAAGUGGUGAAAACUUUUUAGCCCCCCUCCUCUGUAUGUUUUUGUUGGGGGAAAAGUUGUUGGUAGUUACGUCGUGUGAAUGUAGCGUGUCCGUGGUUUUUCGCCCCUCGUUAACAGGGGGAAUGCGAGUUUUUGCUUUUCUGAAAUCGGAGAGUGAGGUUUUUAGCAGGGUUGCAGCGCUUUACGUCCUCUGGCUCGGACCGAAA